AUGUCUCAAGAUGAGUUGGACCAAAUUCGGGCUAAGAUCCAGGACCAUCUUAUUUCGUCAGGAAACUACGAGUUGAUCAACAAGCAGCUCAAGUUGAAGCUAUAUGAAAAUGGAUGGUACGAUAAAGUGGGACAAUUGGCGACCACUGAAUUGCAACAAGAAGACAACAAAAAUUUGACGUUUGAACGUCUAUAUGCAAUGGUGAAGCCGCAAGCCGAGCUGAUGGUUCCCGAUGAGGUUCGGCAGGAAAUAAUGACGAGAAUAAGGGAGUAUUUGGAAGAUGUGAUUCAAUAA